AUGCGAGAAUCCCGUCAAAACUCAAUGGAGAGAUACAAAAACUUAGAUGUUGACAGUAUGAGUGCCGCACUAUCCCGAAACCUCGAGCGCCGACGGAUCGAUCUUCAAAUUUUGGCUAAACACGCCACUCCCGACGAGGAUGAUCAACUCGAUCUAGCCCUGCUUAUUUCGUCCCUCGAAAGAAUGCUUGCAACUCCUCCUCAAGAGCAGCAAGAGUGCAAGAGUUGGAUCGAGUCUGCCCUGAAACUUUUGAGGCUGGAGACCGCAAUUGAUCGCAUGCAUAGCUUGCAAAUUCGGCUUGCAAACUUCAAAGCGCUAUGUGGUUGUAGGAUGCAGUUUCUGAACGAUAUUACACUGUUGGAUACCUUCGAGUUCGAUCGCAAAGAAUUCUUACGGUGCUACCAUUUAGUGUUUGGAGAUAAGCUUUGUGAUUUAUUGACCGAAAAGAAAUUAAAUUCAUUCUUAAUUGAACCCCCCACCAACUAUCACGUAUUUUCUGGGGUGCUUAACAAGAAACAAUUCCAUCGGUUUCGGGUUGAAGAAGAUAUUUAUGAUGUAUGGAAAGGUGAAAACCCAGAAAUUCGUAUCCGGCAGGUGACUGAGGAGUGGAAAAAAUCUGAUGCCGUGGCGAAAAUCUACCUUUUUGAAUCAAGAACGCUCACAGCUUAA